AACCUCGGCGCUUUUCCUUUUCCUUUCACUUUCAGUGGACGAGCAAGAGGAGUUCUAGUUGGACGGCGUGUGUGUGUUGUGUCGCUGUCGUUAUUGACUAAGAGACGGCAUUUCUUCCUCCUCUUCAUCGUAGUAUAAGCAAGCAUCGCAAUCAGUGUUUCACGAUGAAGCUUCUCGUUUGCCUUUCAUUACUGCUAGUGUUAGCAUGUUCUGCACAUGCCAGGCUAUCGAUGACCAUGCAGGCUACCAUCCUGAGAGCGCACAACGAAGCCAGGAGUCGAGUCAAACCAACUGCCUCUAACAUGGAGAGAAUGGUCUGGAACCCUACACUGGCACUCAUUGCGCAAGAGCACGCUGAGAACUGUGCGUGGGAACCGAAUGACAUACGUCACGCCGAGGCGGAGCAUCUCUUUCCCGCCGGUGUGGGCGAGAACAUGGCACUGAACUACGGAAGCUCGGCCAUCAUCAACCAGAACCCGGUGCAGUUCAUCCGUGAAUGGGUUGCUGAGGGACAGUACUACAACAUCACACACAACACUUGUGAAGUGGACAGAGUCUGUACCCACUAUACCCAGAUGAUGACUGCCAACACGGUAGCAGUUGGCUGCGGCUUCCACGUAUGCCAGGAGAUGGAGUUUUUCGGAGCAAUUCUGCCGCUGGCCGCUUUCUUCAUCUGCAAUUACGGUCCACAAGGCCCAGCAGUGACCCAGCAGCUGCGACCAUACACGGCUGGCCCACCGUGUUCAUUCUGCCCGGCGGGCAAGCAGCUGUGCAUGGACAACCUGUGCGAGAUUGGCAUUGCACGUGCACCGCCAGCUCUGUCUUACCCAACUGGUAUGCCCAUGAACCAGGGGCCUGGCGUCAUCGACCCUACCAUGUCAAUCUUCGAGACAGUGGCACCGGGGGCCACUGUGCAGGUGCGCACCGACCAAUUCGGUGUUGUCAUCACCGACGCACCUCCACUGGCUGGUGCGGAGACACCCGCUGGCCCUGGUGCAAGCACUGGUGCAGCUGCUGUCGCAGUGACAGUGGACCCAAGCACACUGAACUGCACCAGCCCAGCCACUGUCAACGAGCGUGAGCACUGCUGGCUGCAGGCAUGGACAGACUGGAGGCGCAAGUUCGACAGCUGGGUGCACAGCAACUGCCCCGGACCAUAAGCAACCAGACGCAAGACCACCGAGACACCUUCCGCGACAGUCACCCCUUGCAAAUAAUCCCCGAAUUACGCACGGAUUUUAUUCACAAUGAUCAUUUGCAACCAUCAAUACGUUUGAAGUACGAUCAGGCAGGCUCAGCAUUCACCCUUAUGCCAACCCAUAAACUGUACAUGGUCUAAUUAUACACCGUGGGCAGCACUGGGCCAAAUUACUUAUCUUCAAAAUCGCUAUGCAUCACUGUGACAUCAACUGCCACCGAUGUAAUUGUAACAUUUUCUAAACGAUAUUGAUGACUUGUUCUACAAUGGUACUAUGGCUUAGUAGAUUUCUGCUUGUAACUUCAUCUUCUCUUCUAUCUUCAGUCCUGCUCUCGUACUGAGAAAACUCUGUAUUAUAUUUGCUGUUACCAUGCUCAAUCUCUUCCUACACAUGGGAACGCAGCAUGGGAAAAGGAAGUGGUGACAAUCACCGGUAUCCCACCAGUACCUACCCACUCUACACUCUCAUGCAGCCUUGGUGCGUUACCCUGGUUACCGCUUUUAAAUUCUCUUUUCUUCUUUCUUCUUCAUAUCCUCAGGAAUGAAUGCAUUAUCUUAUCACAGCUGACUAUAGCUGUGAUCUUUCAGUAACUUAUACGAUUCUCAUCAAGUUCUUUUGCAAGAACCAACCCCAGUCGAAUGACGUUAUCUACA